ACCCAUCGUCUUCGUUUCGAUUAUAAAUCUUUGAUUUUUUUUUGUUCUGUGGUGAUUUGAUUUCCAUAUGCAUAACCUGUUCUUCUGGGUUCUUUUUGAUUUCUCGUUCUUAUGAUCACUCGGUGUCCAUAAAUCUUUCCUCCUGGGUGUUUUCCAGUCUUCUCUGUUGUUUGUUUCUGUGCAAAAGCUCUCUCUCUCUCUCCUUUUUUGGGGUUUUUGUUGUUCAUCAGCUCCAUGUAACUUGUUUUGCUGAAUGUUCCUCCUGUUUCGAUUUUAGGGUUUGGUUCCAAUUCUUGAGUAGCUGUUCUUGUUCUUGAUAGAAUCUUUAGUUCCAUGAACCUGUUUUCUCUCUUGUUUUCCACGGAAGUGUUUGGUUGUGUUCUGUCUUUUUUCUUUUUCUGGGCGACAGCUCUCUGUUUCUUUGGUCGGUUUCUAUGAUUCAUGAGCCGUUGAUUCAACAAACGCUUGAUUUAUUGGCGAUAAUACCAAGAACUGUGAGCUACGGAUAGGGUAAGAGCCGUCCUGUCUCAGAGGUUCCAAAACUUGGUGAAGCUUUGGGAUCAAAACGAGGUUUCGGAAUUCUGAUAUGGGCUUGUAGAAUAUAAGGAGUACAAGUACCUGAUUGUUCAUUCACGGAACUUUCUUCCAAGUCUCUGCUAUUGUUCUUGUUGACUGUUGUGUAUGCAUUCUUACUAAGAUAAAAAUGGAGGCGACUCAGAAACAUAUAGUUAAAGAUGGAUCUGCCAUAUUGUACAACCAGUCUAUGCAGGGUCCCAACUCAUAUUACCAGCAUCCUUCCCAGCACGUGAACAUUUCUGUUCAGACAUUUGAACCGUACUCCACUCUCGAAUCAUCCUCGUCCGCCACUCAAGCUCGUUCUUGUCAGAACAACUCGUCUUCUACCACCAGUUUCUCCGCUAACAAGAGUCCCGAGCUGCACCGUUCCCCCGAUGACCGUUCUGGCUCGCCGAUAAGCGGGUCGUCAGUGACGAACAACGAUGCCGAUAUCAGUUUCAUGCUCAAGGAAUUGGAAACUGCCAUGCUUGGACCUGAUUUAGACAGCUUCGGAACAGGGGACAACGAUAGUGGGCUUUCGGGUGGACAAAACACGACUCCCUCAGCAAUGUAUAGAUGUAUGGAGAUGAUCUCGAGAGGAGAUUUGAAAGGGUUGCUCUGUGAAUGUGCAAAAGCAGUUGAAAACUACGAUCAGACGAUGGUCGAUUGGUUGAUUACGCAGUUACAGCAGAUGGUGUCAGUGUCUGGCGAGCCAGUUCAGCGCUUGGGAGCCUACAUGCUGGAAGGGCUCAUUGCUAGGUUGGCAUCCUCCGGAAGUUCAAUCUAUAAAGCUUUACAGUGCAAGGAGCCGACCGGUCCCGAGCUUCUAUCGUAUAUGCACAUUCUGUACGAAGCUUGCCCGUAUUUCAAGUUUGGUUACGAGUCUGCGAAUGGGGCUAUUGCAGAAGCUGUGAAGAAUGAAAGGUUUGUGCACAUCAUCGAUUUUCAGAUUUCUCAAGGAGCUCAGUGGAUCAGCCUGAUCCGGGCUCUCGGGGCACGACCGGGUGGACCACCAAAGAUUCGCAUAACGGGCAUUGAUGACUCGAGGUCAGCCUUUGCUCGGCAAGGAGGCCUUGAAAUAGUCGGGCAGAGACUAUCAAGGCUUGCAGAACUAUGUCGGGUACCGUUUGAGUUCAACGGUGCUGCUUUAUCUGGUCCCGAGGUUCAAAUCGAGCAUCUCGGAGUUAGACAGGGAGAAGCCAUUGCUGUUAACUUCCCGUUAGUGCUUCAUCACAUGCCGGAUGAAAGUGUAAGUGUCGAGAACCAUAGGGAUAGACUGUUGAGGCUGGUGAAGCGUUUGUCUCCGAGAGUGGUGACCCUUGUCGAGCAAGAAGCGAAUACAAACACCGCCCCGUUUUUUCCUCGUUUCGUCGAGACAAUGAACCAUUACCUGGCCGUGUUCGAGUCUAUCGAUGUGAAACUGCCGAGAGACCACAAGGAGCGGAUAAACGUGGAGCAGCACUGCCUGGCUCGGGAAAUCGUGAACCUAGUAGCGUGCGAAGGGAUCGAGAGGGAAGAAAGGCACGAGCUUCUGGGAAAGUGGAGGUCGAGGUUUCACAUGGCGGGUUUUAAGCCGUACCCGCUGAGCUCUUUCGUGAACGCGACGAUCAAGGCGCUGAUGGAGAGCUACUCGGACAAGUACACGCUCGAGGAAAGAGAUGAAGCCCUCUAUCUCGGAUGGAAGAAUCUGCCGCUCAUCACUUCAUGCGCGUGGAGGUAAAAGCACCAUCUUUCCAUAGUUUAGAUGCAGAUUGACGACGUUGUAACUGUCCUUGCCUUAUCUUGUCUUGAGCCGAAACACACUGUGUUAAUGUUGUAUUUCUUUUAACUGUCAUGAGCCAAAAAUACACACUGUCGAAUGUUGUAGUAAAAUUAUUAAUGACCCGAUAAUUUACUUGAA